AUGGAGACUCACAACCAGCAGCGCCCGCCUCCCAAGACGGCCGGCCUCCCCAACAUCCUCAACGACGACCACGGCCCGGCCUCAGGCCCCAAUCCUCCUCCGCACUUAAGAGAUUCGGGCUUUUACUCCAACGCGGACGCAUCCAACACCUCCGCCGCCUCCUUCAACGUGAAUGGCCUGAGCCCAAGCGGUUCGGGAUAUCAAUCCUCGUCGCAAGACAAAACUCCGUCGCCCAUCGCAUCCAACAUGGUCCCCCAGGCUCUCGUGUCGCCUUCGACGACAAACAUGAGUGUCGCAGCAAUUGUAUCGCCCACCACGUCAGGCGGCCUCGACCCGCGACGACCAAUCUCCAUCGAGUCCGGUUCCAACGGUGUCAUGCUGGGGGAGACCCUCGCCCCCGGCAUGAUAGGCCUUCGACGAGAGAGUGUGGAUAGUAGGAUCAACCAGGGAUUCAGCGACAUGCGACUCGGAACCUCUCCGUAUGCCACCAACAACCAGUCGAGCACAUCUAUCCAGAACACCCUUCACAACCAGCGCAACCCACGUGCCGGUUUCGACAACCUCUCCAUCCACCGAAUCUCCAAUGGGUACCAACCUAGCAACGAUCGCAACCCCGACAACAAGACAACGAAAACUGCGCCUGCCAUUACCGGACCCGCCACAGGACAUAUUGCCCGAGCAGCAGAGCCUACUAAGGGCCAGGCCUGGGCUUUCCCGGAAGAGGAUAUUCAAAGAGUAGGCGUCCCUCAGUACAACGACUCGAGACGGAGCAGCAUUACGGAAUCAGUUGCUAGCAGCCAGUUCACAACCGAGUCGCGACUGCCACCUGGUCAGCGAGGAUUGGAUGAUAGCGAGUACUCGCGCAUGUCCAACGCAUCUGAUUUUCCUCCCGUCCAUCACCACACUAUGCAACACAAGCAACUGAGCGAUCUUCAAGCCGAGGAAGGCAAUGGACCAAGUGGAUCUCAACCCUACAGCCGGACUCCCGAAUUGAGGGUUAGCCACAAGUUGGCUGAGCGAAAGAGGAGAACCGAGAUGAAGGAAUUGUUCGACCAACUACGAGACCUGAUGCCCCAGGAGCGCGGUUCCAAGGCAUCCAAGUGGGAGAUUCUAACCAAGGCGAUUGCCGAGCAUCAAAGACAAACAGAUACUAUUCGUGCCCUGCAAAACCACUACAACACUGCAGCGGCGGAGAAUGAGAUGCUCCGUCGUGAGUUGCAGGGACUUCGUAUGGAGAGUGCCCAGCUUCGAGGAGAGCUCCACUCAAGCUCGUCGCAUCCCCCUCCACCUCCUGCACCGGCGCCGGCUCAACAACAGCAACAGCCACCGCAAGCUCCCUACGCAGCUGAUCCCUAUGCCAACUCGACCCGGCCCGAGUUGCCACCUAUCCGCUCCAUCGGCAACAGCAUGCCCAAUGGUCCUGAGUCUAUGACGGGUGUUCAAUACGAGACUCCCCGCGCCAACGGAUUCCGACAGGACAGAUACUGA